AUCAUUACACGACUUGAUUUUCUUCCUUUCAAAGAAAAGCACACAUUUAAGGAUUCAGAUUAUGUUCUUUAUCUGAAAAAGGGACAAUAAAUUUUCAUUUUCAAAUGAGUUCUGAGGAUGGACCCUCUAAAAAGGUUUCCAGGAAACCCAGAUAUUCAAGAUUUACUCAGCAAGAACUCCCCGCCUGCAAACCGAUUCUUACUCCUGCAUUGGUCAUUGGAAUUCUCAUGUGCCUUGGUAUAAUCUUCAUUCCAAUCGGUCUGCUCGCUCUUUCCGCAUCCGAGAAUGUGGUUGAAGUGGUGGACCGUUAUGACGACGUGUGCAUUCCAUCAACUGACCAGAAGGUUGGCUUCAUCAAAGAUCCUGCAACAAACAAAACCUGCAUCAGGACCUUCACUAUUCCAAAGAAGAUGAGGAAGCCAGUCUAUGUGUAUUACCAGCUUGACAACUUCUAUCAGAAUCAUAGAAGAUAUGUGAAAAGCAGAAGUGACCGUCAGCUAUGGAACCCCAAAGCUGAGUCGAGCACCACUCCAUGCGAUCCAGAAGGGCAGACAGGUGAUGGUAAGCCCAUUGUUCCAUGUGGUCUCAUUGCUUGGAGUUUGUUCAACGACACCUACAUGCUGUCCAAGAACGAUGCUGCUUUGCAAAUUAACAAGAAAGACAUUGCAUGGAGGAGCGAUAGAACUCAUAAAUUCGGUUCCAAUAUCUACCCCAAGAACUUCCAGAAUGGCACCUUGAUUGGGGGUGGAAAACUUGAUGAGAGUAUACCUCUGAGCCAGCAAGAGGAUCUGAUGGUGUGGAUGCGGACUUCAGCGCUGCCUACAUUCAGGAAGCUAUACGGGAGGAUCGAGACAGACCUCGAAGCCAAUGAGAAGAUCACAGUGACUAUACAGAACAACUACAAUACAUACUCCUUCAAUGGGAAGAAGAAGCUGGUGAUCUCAACGGCAACAUGGAUUGGUGGGAAGAAUGACUUUAUUGGCAAAAUGUACAUGGCUGUUGGAGGGACCAGCAUUGUUCUUGGUGUCAUUUUCUCACUUCUUUAUGUUUUCAAGCCAAGGCCUUUGGGAGAUCCCUCCUAUCUGUCAUGGAACAAGAGCCCAACCUUGGAUUGACUGUUUUGUUACUUACAACAAUGAAGUACUAUGAUUCUCUCUCUUGUUUACAGAGAGGGGUGAAGCAGUUCUUGCAACAUUUUUCAUCAUGGGAUGGGAUUGCUAUUCUUUUUUCUUCCUUUUUUACAAAACUUUUAUCAGUACUAAAGAAAGUCAUGGCUGGCGGAGAAUUUCUGUUUCGAAAUUAUGGAGACUUUUGCUUCUUAGCUCAUAUUUAUGCUUCAUUGUAUUUGCCAAGUGGGGUUUAUUGCAACGAGUUGAUCGAAUGAAAGUGAUAUAUUCUUGUCUUUAUUA